UCCCGGGAUCGUCCGCGGUGGUUCCGGUGUGCACAGGAAAACUGUGUCCGUGCGAGCCUGCGGCCGGCAACGGUUCGGUUCCGCCCAGCGGCGGCGGCAGCGGUGGGGGGGAGGGAAGCGCGAUGGCGGGCGGUCCGGCGGGCUACGGUUCGGGAGGUUGGGUCCUGCUCCUCCUGGCGUUCUGUCUGCAGCCGCCGCCCUCCCGGCCCCGCAGCCUUCGCUUCGUGACGCUGGUGUACCGGCACGGAGACCGCUCGCCCAUCAAGGCCUACCCGCGGGACCCCUUCCAGGAGAGCUCCUGGCCCCAGGGCUUCGGGCAGCUCACGCAGGUGGGGAUGCGGCAGCAGUGGGAGCUGGGCCAGGCCCUGAGGCGACGGUACCGCGGCUUCCUCAGCGACACGUACCGACGGCAGGAGAUCUUCGUCCGCAGCACCGACUGUGACCGGACGCUGAUGAGUGCAGAGGCCAACCUGGCAGGCUUGUAUCCCCCUGAGGGACAGCAAAUGUUCAACCCUAACAUCUCCUGGCAGCCUAUCCCUGUGCACACAGUGCCCGAGUCCCAGGAAAGGCUGCUGAAGUUUCCUUUGACCCCCUGUCCACGGUAUGAACAGCUACAAAACGAAACACGGCACUCAGCAGAAUACAUAAAUAAAACCAAAGAGAAUUGGCAAUUCAUGCAGAUGGUGGCAAAUGAGACUGGGAUCCGAGAUGUCUCCCUGGAGAACAUUUGGAGUGUGUAUGACACACUGUUCUGUGAACAAGCACACAAAAUGGAUUUGCCCGUGUGGGUGACACCAGAUGUCAUGUCUCAGUUGAAGAUACUUAAAGACUUUGGUUUUGAGUUUCUGUUUGGGAUCCACAAUCGUGUAGAAAAGGCUCGUCUGCAAGGUGGGGUCCUGCUAGGUCACAUAAGAAAAAACCUAACCAAAGCAGCAAACGUUUCUGCCCACCAGAACCUGAAACUCCUUGCCUAUUCAGCGCAUGAUACCACACUCGUGGCACUGCAGAUGGCUCUUGGUGUCUACAACAAAAUUCAAGCACCCUAUGCCUCAUGUCAUUUGUUUGAGCUGUACCAAGAGGAUGACAGUAACUUCUCUGUGGAGAUGUUCUUCCGGAACGAGAGUGGGAAAGAACCCUUCCCACUGACAAUCCCUGGCUGUCAGCAUAAAUGCCCACUGCAAAGAUUCUUGGAACUCACAGAUCCUGUUGUCCCCCAGGACUGGGAGCAGGAAUGCCAGGUAGCAAGCAGCAUGCACGACACAGAGCUGUUUGUGGGUCUGGCUGUCUGUGGAUCUAUUCUCCUCCUCCUUAUAAUCCUCCUCUUGACUGUACUCUUUCGCAUACAGUCUCAGCCCCCUGGCUACAGGCACGUUUCCAUUGAGGGUGAAGAGCAAGCCUGACAGUUGCUGCAACUCCUUCCCAGGCAGUAGGAAGGGAGCAGUGUUGCCCCUGAGGAUAAUUGGGCAUCUUCAGCUGCUGUGCAUUCUCCUGCUAUGACUGUUGCUUCCCAGAAUGAAGCUGGAUUUGAUUUAUGGAUGCGUUCUAAAGGUGACAGCCCAGAGAGAAAAGACUGAGCCACUCUAAUGGAAAUGACACUGUAACUCUGAAGCCAGUAUUACUGGGGUGCCCUCAGUCCUCACACACCUUACCCAGUCUGGGAUUCCCUCCGUGGCCAGUUGGAGCUGGUCAAAUUUUCCUCCUUUCAGCAAUUGUAAAUGUUACCACUCAUCAUCACUGAGACAGAGGGCUUGGGCCUCCAGCAGCUGCCACAUCAAGUACAGUCAGCAGCUGCACUUUUCUUCAGGGUCAACCUGCUUUGAGGGUUUUUCUCUCAGGCCAUUAGGUUGAUGAUGGUGGGAAGGCUGGGUUUGGGGCAGAGGGCCCAGUUCAGCAACAAUGCACCAAGACUCCACGCAGAGGGAACUGCUGCAGAUGAUGGAAGACAGUGAAAAGUGUUCAUUAAGGUUGCUCCUGGCAGUUGGUCUUUUUUACCCUCCUAUGGUUCAAGAGAACUGGGCUGGAAUCAAGACAAGAUUGAAAACAUGGCAGUAGUUUCUCAGAUUCAGCCCUGAGUAGGCUGUAUAUGAUCCACAGAAGCUCUGAGAGUUCCAUCAGAGAGAUAAAUUCCUGUGACCAUAGCAAAGGAGAUUUCCCACAAAGAAGAAGUUUGGGCCCUGUAUAAAAGAGUCAGCCUUUGGCCACCCCACCUCUCAACUUCAAGCACCCAUUGCAGGGAAUAUCCAGUACUGCAGGCAGUCCAGAUUUCAGCUAUAAGCCCAAGGAAUUUGCUUUACUAGCAGAAUGUUUUUAUGCCCUAACUGAAAUGCAGCAGAGCCAUUUACCUAAGAAUAGAUUAAAAGCCAAGUUUCCCACUUAUUAUCCUCCCUAUUGGAUGGACAACCACCAAACAAAACAAAAAGGCUACUAAUGAUUUGAGUUUGCAGGUGAUGGUGGAUCCUUUCAUUUGGCAUUUUGUCCAAAAUGUAAUUCUCCAGGCUGGUCUCUCUUGUGUGCACUGCAGCUGCUGCAGGAAGCUUCAUGCUCACCACCUGCCUUUUAGCUUCUGGCAGAAAAUGAGAGGCUGCAACAGGCACCAGAAGCACAGGCUCUUCACAUGGUGAUGCUGCACAUUCACUUCCUGCUUUUAUUUCCCUUUCUGGUGCAGUUCCCUUCCCCUCUUGGCGACAGAAGCCAACUCUUAUGUUACACAGAGUUUCCUUUCUUCCCCUAUGGAGCACUGUGGGGACUUUUCCCCAUGGGAACUCUGUAUCAGCAGAAGCAGCUUGCUGUUCUCAGCAUCUUCCUUACCUUUUUGUCCUCUGAAGAUACAAUCUAGGCCUCCUGCACAUCAAAACAGUCCUAAAGACAGAGCUACUGCCUGUGAGAACUGGAACAAGAAAGAAGUAAUAAGAAGUGCAUUUAGGAGGACCAGACCUGCUAUUUUUAAAGGCAGCAAAUUUUGUACACACAAACACAGAGGAAAGGUUUCUAUGAUGAUUUAGACAUUUAGACUGUGAAUUACUUUCUGUAAUUGUUCCAAUACAUUUCCUUUUCAUUAUUAAAAUCAAUUUCACACU